AUGCAAAUCCAGGUGAAGUGCAGUUGUGGAGAAGGCGACUGCCCAGAAUGGGCAAUCUUGGAACUCCAAGGCACGGUUGAAGCACAACCCUCUUUUCAAAACAGCCUCCAGAACCUUCAAAUCGGCAUUCUCUGCCGCCAAUCUCAGGAAAAUUACACGUUUUCAGUUGGAUACCAUGAGCUUACUGGAACAAAAGUGAAGCUGAAGAAGCCCAUGUUAGUGUUGAAGAAGAUUAAACUACAAAAUGAAGAAGAGAUGGGCGAAAGAGACGUUAAUUCUUUGCGGGUGGAAUUGGAUGUGAUUGGAAUUAUUCGUCACAAAAUUUUGUUCAAGACCAGGCCAAAGGCACUUAUAUCGAAACCUCAACCAGCAGUCAAAGAAAAAGUCACCCAGCCUAGUUCCACAGUGCCAAAUUGA